AGCGCAGGUACCGCCGGGCACCGCGCGGGGCAGCGCAGUAGCUCAGAAGUCGGGGAAAUCGGAGGAUCCGCGGCUGCCCCUCGGGGGCUCCGGGCUGGAGCGGGGUUCGGGGUAGGACAGGUAAAUGCGCCGUGCGGACGGUCCCGCACAGCCCGGCAGCUCCCCCGCUCUCUCCAUCCCCGCUGCCCGCGUGGAGCCGCUCCGCGUUCUGCUCUGUGCUUUCGCUGAGGAACGGGACACUCGGUCUCGCCCGAGUUUAGAAACUGAACGAUGUGUUUGUUAAACACUGAAACAGAUCGCCCCAAACACAGCGAGCUGUGUCACAUGCUGAAAACUCGCCGUGAGCGCAGUCAGGAGGAUGGCAGGACGCGCUCCCCUCGGGCUUUGGGGUCUGCUCAGGGUACCAGAAACGCAGCCGGGAAAUUUCGCAAGUUUCAGUCUAGGACAGCGUUGUCAUUGUCGCCCUCCUGUGUGAUCUUCAGUGGCUUGGUUUUGCCAUCCUUGCAGAGCUCCUUGACUUCGGCAGGUGUUCGUCUCCUGUAGCUGAGAUGGCCUCAAAAUUGUAAUUAAAAUAAACUCCGUAACGAGCGUGGAGUUGACACUUGCUAAAGAGCGCUGAGGCAUCUCGCUGACUUCAGCUGAAAUUUGCGGCAUUGUUGCUGAGUCAUCAGGACAGAAAUAUUCGGGGAAGAAAUAAAGAAUUUAGAUUUUUAACCCUGAUAUGGACAGCCUGUUUCAUGUUGACUUAUUUAUUACUUGUUACAUAUUUCUUGCAUUUACAGGCAAAUUUAUUUGUUCAGUGGUUAGCAUAUGGAAAGCAUUAGAUGACUGAAACUGUAACGAUGCCAGUCCUGUAUAUCAAGCAAUAACUGUAUGUAUUUUUAGAAUUUUAAUCUAAAGAGCUCUUGUAUGAGUCCCAGUACAUCCAUAAUGCAUCAUUUAUCUCUGCUAUCAUCAAAAUACUAAAGAGUGUCUCCUGAAUUUUGGUCAUGGAUCACAUUCCUAGUAGAUGUCUUAAGUGUAUGAUAUUCUACUGUAAAGGUAAUCACCUGAAACAAGACAAAGAGUGAUCUUUUGUGGCUUACCUUUAGUAGUUUGUUUUUUGUUGUUUUUUUUUUCCGCUGGAGUUUUUUAAUUAAAAACUCUGUAGCUAUACAUACAACAUUUUCUUUAAAAAAACCUUAUCCCACAGAAACACACUUUUUCCCAAGUUUCAUCAGCUAUUUCGUGGUUUUAGUGUCUCUCUAAAGUUAGAGUGUUUUUUUUCAUAUCCUUAAAAUUGUGAGAGUUUUACGGUGCUGAAGAUGUUGGCUGAAACAAUACUAGCAAGUCACAUUGUUCAAUAACGAAGCAAUACUUUUGUUUGUGAUAACAGAAAAUUGGGGUUUUUUUUUGCGUUGAAGAGUUGGGUCCAGGUUGUUUGUCUGAAGCAGAAAGUAAAGUUUAAAUGGGAAGAAAGUCAGAAUUGUCCAAGUUAAUAGAAAGAUGCUCGUGGUUCACAUGCAUGUCACAAGCUGCAGUGUUUUGGUAGCAGCUCCCAGAGUCAUGCUGGAUCAUAUGACUUCCCGCUCUGUUAAUCCUCGUAGCUGAAGUCUUUGCUUGUCACUGCUGUGGUACAUACCUGCAUUAUUCUUCCCCCUUUUUAAAUAACCUCAGGGUAUGAAUGCAAACCAGACAAAAAUAGACCUUCAAAGUGCUUUAUCUCCCACUUAAUAAACAGAUUUAUUUCAGAAGUUCUUCGUGAUUCGCAUGUAAUCCUCCAGGGAAUGUGUGCUGUAGAUCUUCAUUAUGGCAAUCUGUCAAACAGACAUUUCUAAAUCCUGAGACUUUUUCAGUGGCUCUGGAUCUUCUACUCUAAAUAUAAUUUUGUUGGCAAGGCCAGCAUUCCUGCAGUACAGAAUUGCCUAAACUCUGCUUGGGAAGUGUUAUGCUUUCUUGUUUUGUUUAGUUUUGUUCUCUUCUUUUCCAACCCUCUCCUCCCCUAUGAUGUUUGCUUUGGUGUUUAGACACAUGCAUUACACAUACAUUUAUAAAUUAGUUCAUUAGGAGCGUGCAAUGUAAUAUGAGGACGUCAUUGAUAGAUAGCUCUAAAUUAAAACUUAGUAGGACUGGGAUCCUGUUGGGCAUUUUUGUGCAAAUCAUACUUUGGUUUGCAAUUAAUCCAGCUAUGAAACGGGCCUUGUCUCCAGCUGUGGGAGAUAGAGCAGAUACUGAUGUAGAAAUUGCCUCCAGUGAGUAACUCAGUGUUCUGAUUGGGAAAGGAGUUUCUAGCCAGGUGAGGGUCAGUCUCUUCUGAGUAACAAGCAAAAGGACAAGAGGAAACUGCUUAUGCCUGGGGGGGGUUAGAUUGGAUGUUGGAAAAAAAAUUCUUCACAGAAAAGGGCUGUUGAGCACUGGAACAAUCUGCUCAGGAGAGUGGUGGAACUUUCAUCCCUGGAGAAAUUUAAAAGAUGUGUAAAUGUGACACUUGGGGCCACGGUUUAGUGCUGGGCUUGAAGGUGCUGGGUUAAUGGUUGGACUCGGUGUUCUUAGCGGGCUUUUCCAGCCUAGGAGGUUCUGUGAUUGUAUCGUCAUUUGAGAACAAUAUACUAUGUUCUCAAAAGCUUGGCAACAUGUGCAUCACAGCACUUUGUUCCUCCUCAGGCAUGCAUCUCUCGGGUCUCAGUGUGCCUGGUUAAUGCUGCUGUGCAGGGAAGCAGCAAAGGUCACUUCAUCCUCCAGUACCUGUAUAGUUUUAAAAAACUGAUAAUCAAGUGCACGUGUCACAGCCCAGGCUGAGUGCUGGAGUGCAGUUGUUUUCUCUCAGCCAUCUUCUUGCCAUGGGAGCUGUUGGUCAGCUGGGGAAAAAAUAGUAAGAAUGCAUAUCUGAAAACAUGUUCAAGAAGUAAGCAAAUGAAGAUUCACCAACACUGCUUCUUCUGGCUUGUACAAAUGUGUUUGCAGUUCUUUGUGAAUAUCUGAGGCACAGAAUAGGUACAGGAACUGAAUAAAAAUGUGAAUAUGCUAUUAUUUAUUACUGAUCUGUUACUUGUGUCGAAAAUCAAAGAUAGAACACUAUUGACAUAGGUUGUUGACCUCAGAAAGCCUUGACUUCGAAUUCAGGCUGGUUAACUCUAUACACUGCUAAGUACAGCACUCCACCUUUAUCCAGAGCCAACAGAUUCAGCAGUCACACAGUUGUUCUCGGCUUUCUGCUUGAAAAUCAGAGGGAUGUGUCUCCCAAACAUGUAGAGAGGGUGAUUUAUGCAACAGUCAUCUGGGAAGCUCGAUUGGUAGAACUGUUGGGUGUGUUUUUUAGUUUUUAUUGCUUGUUUUAGCUUCUCAACUGUUUUCCAUGUAAAUAUGGUUGAAUUUGAGGGAACUUGGGAAAAGCUGUAUAUGACUGGGCAGGAAAUGUACCAUGUCUUUGUGUUUGUCACUACUGAGAUUGCUCCAAGAAUCUUCUGUCAAGUUUGGGUGUCCAUACUUCAAGCAGGAUGUUAGAGUCAAAGAGACUUCAGAGAAGAACUCUAAGAAUGAAUAAGGGCUGAAACUAGCUCCUGAGGGAGAAAUUCUAAGAGCUCAAUAUGUUAAAUAUUAUCAAAGAGAAUGGAGGGGAGGGACUUGAUUGCAGUGUUAAAGUAUGUGCCCUGUUAACUGAAAUUCUGUGAUGAAGCAGAAAAUGAUGGGAUAUCAAGAUCCUGUGGCUAAAAUAUGAGCCAGACACAUUUGCAGUAGAAAUAAGAACUGCAUCUUCAGCAAGAGGGUAAUUUAUUGCACAUUAUGGUAGGCUAUUCAUCAAAGGAAAAUUUUAAUUCAAAUAUGGUAUUAUUCCUUUAAGAUGUACCUAAGUGAAACUUAAUUGAGGGCAUGUGCCCAUGUGCUGUACAAGUCACAGCAGACGAUCAAAGUAUUUUUCCUGUAUCUAAAUACUUGCAUCUACAUAAAAAGACAAUCAUAAAAUAUGGUUAGCGCAGGAGACUGUUGAAAUUAGAACAGAACUAAUGGAUAACUGAAGACGUUUAAAUGUCUAAAAUGCCUGGAAACAAUGAAUCACAGAAUAGUUAGAGUUGGGAGAGAUGUCUGGAAAUUAUAUAGUCCAACCCCCCCAAACAAAUAACUCUAAAACAAGAAUUUGUUUUAACUGUACUGAAGGUUGAAAAGUUGGGUUGGCGAGUAAUUCUUUAGCAAUGCAAAGAUGUCAUUACACUCAGUUUCUUCAUUAGGAGGUCUUGGCCAUUUUAGAUACUAAAUUAAUGUUCCAGUUGCUAAGAUUCCUUGCAGGUUUUCAGGAAAGUACUGUGGAAAUUAAGGUGGUUGAAGUUCAGAAUCUGAAAGAAAGGUGAAAUUAAAAACAAAAAUCCUGCUGUCACUGAGUGAGUUUCAUAGAAGAGAACACUUGGGCUGCUAUAGAAAACUGCUGAAUACAACAGGGUGGUAACAGAACAUACUGUGUGUGUGUGGGAAUUAUUGGAGGGUUUGCAAGGAAGGAUUUGUAGAUCCUGCAGAGAUUUGGGGGAAAUCUGUGUUAUAAUGCAUUAUCUCCUGCGGUGAAGAGCCAGCAGGAAUGUUCUGAGGUUUUUCCUGUCCUCAGUUUUACAUGCCUUUAGCAGUCAAUGCUUUCAGGUCUUGGGCUUAGUGGAAUUGUAGGCAGCUGUGCCGGUUUCGCUGGGGAUAGAGCUAAUUUUCUUCCUAGUAGCUGGAACAGGGCUCUGCUUUGGAUUUGUGCUGGAAAUGGUGCUGAUAAUAAAGGGAUGUUUUGGUUAGCUCCGAGUAAUGCUUGCACAGAGCCAAGGCCUUUUCUGCUCCUCACCCCACCAGUGAGUAGGCUGGGGAUGCACGAGGAGUUGGAAGGGUCAGAGUUGGGAUAGCUGAUCCCAGUGACCCUGGGAAUAUUCCAGAUUAAGUGGUGUUGUGCUCAGCAUAAAGCUGGGGAAGCAGAAAAGGGGGACAUUUGGAGGGAUGGCACUUAUUUUCCCAAGUCAUUUUUAGAUGUGAUGGUCCAGGCUUUCCUGGGGUUGUCUGAACACCUGCCUGCCCAUGGGAAGUGGGGAAUGAAUUCCGUGUUUGGUUUUGCUUUCAUGCACAGCUUUUACUUCACCUGUUAAAGUGGCUUUAUCUCAGCCCACGGGUUUUCACGCUUUUCUGAUUCUCUCCCUCUUCUCACAGUGGGGGAGUGGCUGUGGGGGCUGGGUUAGACCCCCUUUCUGGGGGUUAAACUGUGACAGCAGCAUGAGGAGAAAUAAAAGAAUGGAACAUCAAAAUAGCAAACCCUCCGUUUGACACAGUUUGACAGGAUGAGCAGAAGUCAAGCUGAAGCACAAGUCAAAUAAGCUAUGCCUGUCUUGUAUAAACUCUUCAGCUUUAUGGAGAACAUGUCAGGAAUCAGCCUUCAAUAUGAUGAGAGAUCAUCAAAAUAAAUGGAAAGGGCCAAGCUAAGAGCACAUCACUCAGUGAAACCAGUCUUUUUUCUUAAAUCCCGGAGGAUACUGAAGCAAUGACCAGGGGAUUGAUUAGGGAGCGGGGUUUGGUGAACCAAAUCAUGUAUAUGAUGAGGACCAGCUGGUUAUAAAACUGCAGCAAAUUACAGCAGGAAAAGUCUGCAGCUGGAAGGAUUUUUGAGAGUCUGAAGGUGAUUGUGCUUCUUGUCUCAAGGGAUUAUGUGCAAGUAUCCAGAAAGUUUCAUGAUACAUGCUGAAGGGAGAGCUGGAUAUUUGUUGUAUUGCUCAAUGUCUCUUGUCUGGGCUUUGGAAAUAACUUCGGUUCUUGGAUUCCUUCUGUUGACCCGGGAUAAAAAGAUGGCCUAUCACAAAGUGAACGCAGACCAGAGAGCACAGGGGCACUCUCCAUACCUUGACAACGAUGAGCUCCAAGCCACAGCGCUGGACCUGGAGUGGGACAUGGAAAAAGAGCUGGAGGAGCCUGGCUUUGACCAUUUCCGACUGGACAGUGCAGCCCAGCACCACCUGGGGAACUCACAGAGCCCUGACCUCGACCUGGAGCCCAUCCAGCCUUCCUCUUCUCCAAAGGGAAGAUUCCAGAGGCUCCAAGAAGACCCUGACUACAUCUCCCACUACACGAGACAGGCACCAAAGAGCAACCGCUGCGGCUUUCUUCGGAUACUGAAAGUAUUUUGCACUGCUUUGAUUUUAUUUAUUUUUGGAAUUGUGAUAGGAUAUUAUGCACACAAGAAAUGCCCUUCUCCCCCAACAUCUCAAGAACCAAAUAAUCCUCAGAUCUACCAUGAAAUUCUCAAGGAAAUCAAAGCUGAAAAUAUUCAACACAUUUACAGAGAUUUGUUAGAGCUCCCCAGAGAAGAUGAUGCAGCCCUUGCAAUGAAAAUCCUGGGGCAGUGGCGUUCCCAAGGCCUGGAAGACGUCCGGCUGGUGAAUUACACCGUUCUGCUUGACCUGCCAGGCCCUUCCUCAAACACAGUAACUCUGCAAAACAGUGGGGAAUGCUUUUAUCCAAGUGGACAACGGUGCAGCGCAGACCCCAGAACACUUCACAGCCAAGACCUCCUGUACUCUUACGCAGCUUAUUCUGCCAAAGGAACUCUUGAGGCAGAGCUUGUUGAUGUCCAGUAUGGGACCAUGGAAGACCUGAUCCGGAUUCAAGCCAUCACAAACGUGACCAAAAAAAUUGCACUUUUGAAGCUUGGACAAUCACCUUUGCUUUAUAAGCUUUCUCUGCUGGAAGAUGCAGGGUUUGGUGGUGUUCUUGUUUACACUGAUCCUUGUGACUUGCCAAAGACUGCAGACCUUGCUGAUAAAGCUUUUAUGGUCUCCUUGAACAGCGGGGGAGAUCCAUCCACGCCUGGUUAUGCCAGUAUUGAUGGAAGCUACAGGCAAAAUCGACUGAACCUCACAACACUGUUGGUACAACCAAUUUCUGCAGUGCUUGCCAGAAAACUCGUUUCCCUACCCAAGGACACUUUCCAAAAAGACAGAUGUACACCCCUCCAGCUGCCAGCUGCAGUCAAAAAAACUAUCAGUCUGAACAUUCAGUCUGUGACAACUUACAAGACAAUUUCUAAUGUCAUUGGAUAUCUAAAAGGAGCUGUAUUUCCUGACAGAUACGUCAUCAUUGGUAGCCAUCACAGCAGUUUGCAGGGUUUUGGUGGGCAAGGCUGGGCCAGCAGCACUGCUGUGAUCACAGCCCUGCUCCAGGCCCUGAUGCCAGAGGUGAGGAGGGGCUGGAGGCCUGACAGGACCCUGCUCUUCUGCUCGUGGGGAGGAACAGCCCUGGGGAACGUCGGCUCCUACGAGUGGGCUGAGGAUCUGAGGAGUGUUCUUCAAAAAAAUGUUGUGGCCUACAUCAGCCUCCAUAAUCCAGUCACAGGCAACUCAACUUUACGGCCCGUGGCAUCUCCUUCUCUUCAGCAGCUGGCAGCAGAGAUCCAGAGCCUGAACUGUGUGGAAAAGGCUAGAUGUCCAGAAUCCAAUGUGAGUUCUGUGCAGAUACAGGGAGAUUCAGAUUAUUUCAUCAACCACCUCGGAGUACCUGCCAUGCAGUUUUCCUAUGAGGACUUCAAAGCAUCAGAGAAUUCCAGCUUUCUCUCUGAAGCUCUUUUUCCUGUACAUGCAACAAAAACUGAAGAGCUGGAUCCCUCCUUCAGCCUUCAUGAGACCAUUGCAAAGCUAACAGGACAAGUGACUUUGCAAAUUGCCACUGAUCCAGUUUUGCCGUUUAAUGCCCUCGACAUCGCAUUAGAAGUUCAGAACAGUCUGAAAGGUGAUGAAGCAGGCGUCCCUCAGCUGCUGGCAGUGGCAUCACGUCUGAGGGACACGGCGGAGCUGUUCCAGUCGGACGAGAUGCGCCCGGCCAACGACCCCAAGGAGAGAGCUCCUGUCAGAGUCAGGAUGCUCAAUGAUGUGCUGCAAGGCUUGGAGAAAAGCUUCCUGCUUCAGCAAGCUCCUCCAGGACUUUACAGAAAUAUUCUUUACAGACUGGAUGACAGGACCAGCCAGUUUUCAGUACUGCUGGAGGCACUGGAGCACUGCAAACUACAUCAGUCAAAUGAGACCGUUCAAGCAGCCUUGUCAGAGGUGCUGAACAGCAUCAAUUCAGCUCAGGUUUACUUCAAAGCAGGACUUGAUGUGUUUGAGACUGCCUUAGCUGGAAAGAAAUGAGAGGAUUCUCUGCAUUCUAAGGCAUGUGUUUACAACUCUCUAAACAAAAGUUCAACUUGGACCAGAAUUGCUCUGAGGGUCAAACCUUUCUCAGCCUUUCCUUCAGCUGGCGCUUAAAGGUACUGCAACACGUGGUUUAAGAAAUGUAAAACAGUAUUUUGCACUGUCACAAUAUAUCUCAAAUGCCUGUUCCUGAAUGUAUAAAACCCAAAGAGAGGGAGUAACACUUCAGAGAUGAUUUUUGGAAGGACAUCUGCUGUAUUUUUGUAUGUAAAAUAUGUUUUUAUAACUAACAGCUCAAUCAUGCGAAUUACCAAGCACGUCCUGCGAUGUGCUGAAGCCCUGGUUCUGAGACACCCCAGAUGUGCACCCGAGGGAGAUUUCCUCUGUCAGAAAACUCUGCCUCAAGUUUCUUAAUGUUUUCAGCAAGCUCAUCUUCUUCCUUACUCCAUUCAGAGUAAGUAGUUGAAGGAUGUGGUGUUUCCAUGGGUAUCCAGCACCGGAGUGGAAAUGCACAGAACAUGGGUGCAAUUCAACACCUUUACUCCUGUGGAACAAUAAAUACCUCAGUUCUGAGAAUACAGAAAAACUUUGAUUCUUCCAUUUCUGUAUGAAAAUAAAGAGUUGUUUUCUCUGA